CUUUCGAAAGCUUGCUCUUCUGUGGCAUAAAUUUUGUCAGCAAGCUUAAACGGAAUUAGAUUUAACCAAAUACCGAAGGACACAAGUAUACCCCAAUCACGUCACUGGGACGCUCAGCAUUGAAAAUUUAGACUUUGAAAUGGGAAACAUUUUCUCUGUGAUCGCUGUUGUCUGCCUACUGGUUAAGUCAGUGUCUUCAGCCAUAUUUUGUCAAGAAGACCAUCAUGGACAUGGUCUGUCCCUGGUACUUGACAGCAUUACAACUCAAGCAUUUAGCCUAGGAUUCAGCCUUCUGAUUCUUUACCUUGUGUACAGUAUGUUUUCAUUUGACAGCAGUUUGGCCGACAGAAACCAGUCAGCAGACCGUUAUGAUCCUAAAUCUAAACAAAGAAUACUAAAUGCACAAUCUGCCUGCAAGAAGGACGUGCUUUUUGAAUAUCCAGUGCAACAAAGUACUGACCAUAUAAUAUUUCAGAAGACUGGGGUAGAAGUGAUGGAAGUGAAGGUUGCUAAUGGAUUGACACUCACCAAUAGAUGGAUGCCGGGAAAUGUGAUGUUACAAGCUUGCACUGAAGCAAUGCUGCCAGACCAUUUACAGGAGGAUGAGUUGUCUCUAAGCCCAGUAUAUAAAUUUGUAUCAGAUGUUGUAAAGUUGGACAGACCACUUGAAGUUUGGAUACCUCAUGGUGCAAACAUUGUUUUAACAGGCGAAAACUGGAAUGUAAUUUUGAAGGAGUAUCGAAACGACAGUUGGGUAACUGUUGGCCAAACUAGUAAAAGUAUCAAAACACAAGAAUCAAAGAACUUUGUCUGUAAAAGCAAUCAUGUGAGAUUCAAGACUGACCAUUUAUCAACUUUCAAAGUAACUGGAAAGUUUGAAACGUCUCGGUCGACUUUGGCCGUUAAGAGAAUGAAGGUUGUAGCAUUCUGCAGUGAAACCAAAGUUGGAGAAGAACUUGUUGUCAGGCUUUACUGCUUUGAUGAUUGUGAAUGGUCUCUCGAGAGGAUGAUGCGAAUGGAGCAGAAAAUUGGAGGAAGACUCAUGUCCUCGAUCGAAUCUGUCAGCUUUUCUGUUACCAGUAAACAGGGUCUUAACAUAUCUGUAAAAGAUCUUGCGGGCUGGCAGCUGAAUAAGGCCUCCCCACUGAAAUUCAGCUUUGAAUCACUGAGGAACUCCUUCAACGUCAUUCCUCGGUGUGAUCUGGUAUUCCAACCUUGCAGGAAGUCACUAAGCACCAGUGUUUUUGUGGAAUUGGUUUUAAAUCAUGAACCAUCUGGUGAAACAAGGAUUUAUGCAUCCACAUCACUGAAAAAGAGAUUUUUAGAAGAUCCUUUAAUAAGAGCAUUUGAACAUGAUGAAGUGGAAAAGUAGGAGUUCAUUCUCAAAAACUUCCCGACGAAGAUGAUUAACAUAUCACAAUACUGGAAAUAUGAAUAUUUAGGAAACGUUUUUUGAGAUGCACAGUGAGCGGCCAAAUCAUAACUGAUUGAGGACUAGAAAUAUAAUAUUAUAGGAAAUCUUUAGUUCAGUAGACAACGUUUUAAGCAUCGAUCAACGUCUGCUGUUUAUGAUACUUAAAUAUCAGGAACUUCACGGCAAAACAGAAAUGUUUUUCACAAAAUAAUCCGAUGGCACAUUUCAAAAUACUUUCAUUUUUUGGUAAUGAUGAAUAAACCAUUCUAUUUUAACAAACAUGAACGUACAUUUUUUAUCUAGUUUAAUAGUAUUUAUAUCUCAACCAAAAAUGUAUGCAAGGGCGGGGAAAACAAUUAUAUCAAGAAAAGGAUUUAUUUACAGAAGGGUAGAGUGCGGAGUCAGUGUAUACUUCUCGAUGAGGAGUCCAGCACACUAAGUCCAUUAUGCCACUAUACCUCUCCCUUGC